AUGAAUAACUUAUCUAACUGGACCAAUGGCAUAGAAGGCGAGACACAGGAAACAAAUAUGAAGGACACUAACAGGGAUCUACCAGUGGAAGACUCCACAUAUGAAUGCAGAAUUGAAGGGCUACAGACAGAGGGAUGUUACAGUGAUGUUACUAAUUUGGGGGAAGCGGCUAGUUUAUAUUUGGAAGCCAUCCAACAGGGGUCUGCGCGAGAAUCUAGCCACUCGAACGAUAGCCUGGACAAGGAAAGCCGCAUGUGUGAACAAGUGAGUGCAAACAAUGACAUAAGCCUUGAGAGGCACGACUCGUGCUUGAAUACUUUGGCGAACUCGGCGUUGAGUGGCAUGGAAGGUCCUCCUCAAAAUGUUGAGCGAGAUCAGGGUGACGCAGGCAUUCGUGCGGGAGGACAUGACCAAGGAAAUGGGCAAGCAAGUGACUACCAAAAUGGACUUAUGAAUGAUCACCCUGGUAACCACAUAAAUGAUCACGGAGCUAACCCGAGUGAGGCCGCACCCCCAGUAGCAGCCCAGCAAUCCGUCAAAGUGAACCAAAAUAAUUUGCACGACGAACAAAACGAAAAAGCUGGGAACCACACGAGCAGCCAACUCCAAAUCGAAGAGAAACAAACGGAUGGACGUGCCAAAUGUAGCCUCCAAGGAGAGUAUAGAAAAACAACAAAGGAAAUUACUCAACCCACGCAGAGAGAAAAUCACUGCUCAGAAAAAAGCCAUUCGAGCGAUGUCAAUGAUUAUACACAUUUUGGAAAACGAGAAAGGGAAGCUGCACAGGUGGAAGGUAUUAGGAAAGUAUCUGUGACAGGUGAAUCGUUUGUGGGGGAGGAUCCACGUGGUGAUUACUGCGAUGCUGAUAACGCAAAUUUACCGCCCUAUCAGGAGGAGCAAAAUGAAAAAUAUAAAAAUAAUGACGAGGUACUAGGCAAGGGAAAUGAGCCAAGAGUGAGCGCCCCAUCUGAUGAUGCAAUAAAUAAUACAAGUCUGGGCACUGAUGCCAGUAGAAGUAGUGAAAGCAUUGGAAGCAGCGCAAGAGCUGCGGACCAAAUCCAAAUGGAUAGUAAAACAUCGGUCAAUUGUGAAAUAACUCAACAUGAAUACAAAAAAAAAAGAGACAUUACAGAGGUAGGAGAUGAUUCUCAUUUAAGUAAUGCCAAGAAAAAAAUUAAUUUUUAUGGCCCCGUUAAUAAUACCUUAACGUGUGACCACGAAGGACGUGGAAACUGUGAUGCUGCCGAAUUUGAGGCAAGCAAAAUGAGAUCUCCCUCACGCGGUGCACUAGGGUUUGAUGGGGCAGAAGCAAAUGUGCAAGGGUCCUACAAGCCAAAUAUAAAUGAAUCUGAGUCCAUGCCAUCUAGCGAAUUUAUAGCUGCCCAAGGAAAGGAAGGUGUGCCCCGUGAAGAAGGCACUGCAGAAAGGGAAGCACCAAGCGACACAUUACAGUCAGGCGACAUUGCGCACCCAAGCGACAGUGCCCUUCCAAACGGGACCGUGCGUACAAGCGCCCCGCCGAAUGUGUGUACUACUUGUAACGCACAGGAAAAUGCAUGCGACAAAAUACAGGAUCUAGCAAGACUACAAAAACCUGACACAUUGCCUACUUCACUAAAAUGCAAAAUGGAUUCUAUGCCCCCAGAAAUGCAUGCAGAAAGUGGAACCUCUCCACCGAAUGAGAUCGCCCAUGCGCAUGCACCCUUAACAAAAUUGCCUACACCUUUUUAUGUGCAUAACGCUGAAGGGAAAUUACCGAGGCGGGAAAAAAAUGGAAAAGAUGGAGAAGAUGAAACAAACAUAGAUAGGAGAGAAAAAGAAAAAAAAUUAAGGAACCAAACAAUUGUACACAACCUUGAAAGCGAAAAUAAAACAGAGCACAAAUUACCUGUAGAACGCGAAAUAACUGUAGAGGCUGAAAAAAAAACAGAAAAAUUUAAAAUCGAAAAGAACCCAAACUUGGAAAAGAACCAAAGGAACGAAAAAAUCACUUCCAGUGAGAAAAAUUCCAAAGGCCAAAAAGGCACACCAAGAACGCAAACCACACAAACCUCGAAAAACGCGCAAGUCGCACUUCACACAUUGAUGGAACAAACCGCGCACGCGCCAAACUCCACCACCACUUCUACACCAGUUAGGAGCAGCAUGAGCUUCAACGAGGUGCCAUUGGAAAACCUGAACCAGGGACUGCACGAUAAGCAGAUGCAAAACUCGAAGCAGUUCCCGUCGCAGCACGAAGAGAGGUACCCGUCCGACAAUCAACCUUUCCCUAUGGACCAAGGGACAAACACAUUUUCGACAAAACACCACAGCAGUGUCGAACUUGUAGGAGCCAGCAAUUUGCAGAAGGAGCCUCUGAUGGAAAAUCUAGAAAACGGUACUACCCUAAAUGAUCACAUAGACAUAUGUACCCUAGGUUCAGAGGCCCAAGGAGAGGAGCUGAAGGUACACUUACCCUAUGACAAGAAUGAAAUCAUCAAUGGUGACCUGGCUCGGGGGACUCAUGUGACAAGUCUCAAAACAGCAGGUGUGGCAAACGCCCACCACAGUGGGAAUCACCUAAGCAGUGCAAACACCGGAACUAGCCAACGUAGUGGAAGCGGCGUAAACGGUGUGAGCGACCAGGACACGGGUAUCCUCAUGAACGGACAGCAGCUGCAGAAUUUCCUGAACGAACAAAUGAAGACGGGCAAUCCGGUACACAGGGAACUUCCUAUAGACACCAUCCCCAAGCAAAUGAUUAAAAAAAAAGUAAGUGAAGACACCAUCAUUCAGGACAAUGAAAACGAGCACAUCGAAUAUAGCAACAACGACAUGGUGAUGAGAGAAGUUAGUCAAGAUACGAUCGUUAAUGAUAUGAUGGAAGACACUAACAUGUCCAUGGAAAGGAACAAAGAAAUGAUUCUUAAAAAAAUUACCCAAGAUGCAGUCAUCAGCAGUAUCCAUAAGCCAAAUGUUGUUCAGGUGAAUAAUGAUCGAUUGGGGAAAAACGUAAAUCUGGACACCACCAUCAGCUGCAUGCAUAGUGAGGAUGUAGGGAGUGUGCGUAAGGACAUUUUACUUCAAAAGCUGAAUGAGCAUGAGGCCAUGGGAGAAUUGCUUGGAGGCAUGAGCGGCAUGAAGGGGGUUGGCGUAGUGAGCGGUAUGGAAGACAUGGACGGCGUGGCCCGCAUGAAUGGUAGAAACGGCAUGCACCACAUGGAAGACGUGAACGAAGAAAGCACUCGCGACGACGUGUAUCAUCCACACCACGUGCUGUACAACCACAACCCUCAGAGCGAGAUGAAUGGUAGUAGUUUUAAAGAGCAAAUAGACCUGCAAAGGAUCAUGGGUUUCCAGGAUCAGCAAAGUCUAAUUAGUUGCGCACAUAACGACAGCCUGGGGAAUCACUGUGAAGUAAACGGAGCAUAUAACAACGGUCUGAACAACCAUUCUAUGCAUAGCAACAACAAAGAAGUAGACAGCUGCAGUAACGUAGAUUUCACGGACGACAAGUACAGUCAGUGGUUCGACACGAUAUACACAGUGUGUGUAAAAUUGGACGACCUCUGCUGUAAAUUGAACUCGGAUUAUCCUCACUCCAUGCACAUAUGGGAGAGUAACGGCAACCCCAGUGUGUACGAUUUGAAAAGUGCAUUUCAGAACAGCAACAAUUUGAAAAUGUUGUCGCAGAGUAAUCAAGUGGACAAAGUUCCUGGUGGGGUCUCUGCAACUGUACCACCCAGCAUUUAUAAUGACCUAAACAGCAGUCACAGCAGCGGCAAUAGCAAUUACAGGUAUGCAGUUACACACGUGGGUAACAACAACGAAGGAGCGAUGAAAAGACAUGACCACUUCGUCCAGGAUAACUUCGAUAAUGGUCUUCCUGUACAUGUAAAAAAUAAUUGCAAAGAUCUUAGACGCAUGUACGGAAUGAAUAACAUAAACGGCAACAAUCAAUGUGUAAAGGAUUUGGCCCAUGUGUACUCAGCUUGUGACGAUCAUUUAAGGAGAAUCCAAACGAAGAACGAAAAUGGAAGGGAUGGCAGGAGAAUACAACAGGAGUGUGCUCUCCAGAGGGAAUUGUACAACCAUGGAAAUAGCAGUGCUCUACAUGAUAAUGCCCUCCUCUAUGACAGAGAAAAGAAUGGCAUGAAGAACAACAUUGCAGUCUUACCUGGUGGUAUUUCAAAGGACGCCUUAGAAUUGCUGCACGCGUACGGUAAAGCCGACCCACGAGUGAAUGACAGAUUCAAGGUCGAACUCUACAACGCGCUUCCGCAGUACAAAGGACACGGAGAUGGCACAGAGCGAGUAAACCACGGUAACUGUGGCCACCGCGGCGCCGCACCCUUCAGCAGAGGCAUCCCAGCAGUUAUAAACAACAGCAGUAACGACAUGCCCCCCCGAAACGGAGACUGUCUAUCCAUGGCCAAUAAUUUAAACGCAAAUGGAUUAAUGCAAUAUGUGAAGAAUGAAAAUAAUGACAGGUCCAAAAACGCAAACGACGCAUCAGCAAAUACGACUAAGAGAAAAAAAGGAGGCAAAAAAAACACAGCCAAUAACAGCAAAAGUGUAGAAAAAAGAAAUAUAAAAAAAUAUGGCACGGUCAAUAGACCUAGUAGUAAAAUUAUAAAAAAUGAAAGCGAAUUUGAGUACCUCUUGGAGUUAUCCGAUAAAGAAGGGCCUAACCUCGAGAACCCUGAUGAUCUGAAAUGUGAUGUCGCAGGAGUUUAUUGGGACAAGAGGAGCUGGAUUGCUUCCUGGUAUGACAAUGGGAAGCGUUAUUAUAAAUCCUUCUCUGCAAAAACACAUGGUUUUUAUAAGUCUAAAUUCUGGGCAAUCAAAGUUAGACUCUCCAAAGUUAAAGGCCAAACCAUAUUUGGGAAAAAUUGCCGCAAGAAUAAGGACGCCGAUGGAAGCAACAGUGUUCAUAACAACCUCACCUUUAACAGUUCAAUUGUAAGUGAAAACAAUAACGUACUUCUUGGGAAUAUCUAG